GCAUAGCUGGCUGUGUGAUAUUUGGUAGAGGCUGUGGAAAGUGAUUUUUCAAUGAUUGUUUUUGUUUUUAAUACAAGUCGAGGAAGUGGAGAAAAUUUUGCGAGGGUAUAGAAAAACUGGGUUAUUUAAAAGGUGUCGGUAGAAAAGUUUUGAAGGGCUUCACACUAAUGAAGAAAUGUCGUGGCGAUAUGGUGGGCAUAAUAAUAAUUACUUUGGAGGUACAUAUUCUCGUGAACCAUCCUACAGAGACCUAGGACCUCAUGACAUAGGUCUUAGGGGUCAUAUGUACGGAAUCGUAGAUCCUCAAGAGCCAUACUCAAGAGGUGUGGGUGGUAAUGAUCCCUACUACUAUCCCAGGAAUCAAAAUGGUCCGUACUUCAGACCCACGGAUCCUUGUGAUGCCUACAGAGGCAGACUGGGUGAUCAUCAAAGGAGAAUGUCAGUAGAUGAAGUCAGGCAAGCACAAGAUGUGUCGAUGAAAGAUGCAGCUGAAGAGGUGGUUCCCCUCCCAGAAGAACUCUCAAGCAUGAUCAAAAAUAAUAAAUGUGAUAUGUGCUUCUGCAGGCUGCCCAACGAAAGUCAAGCAAAAGUCCACUACAGCGGCAAGCAGCAUGUGAAGAGAGCAAAGCUCCACUUGAAGAUGUGGAGUGAACGUGAAGGAAAGCCGGUACCUGAACACUGGCUGAAGAUGGCCUGCAAUGCGAGGAUUGAUAGCAUUGGUCCUAGGACGUGCAAAGAAUGCAAUGUGAAAAUUUCUCCUCUAGCUGUGAAGCAACAUAACGAAACAAAACAGCACAUGGAAAACAUGAAAAAAUACUUGCAGAGCCAUCUAAGCCAUGCCAGAGUCACAACUUCAUUGAUUUCUCUAAUGCCCGUGUAUGAAUGCACCAUCUGCAGGGUGAAAUGCUCUAAUGAGCACAACUUGGAAAUUCAUCAGAAUGGCCUCAAACAUAAGAAGAAGAUGAUGAAACUCAAGGAAGAGGAAGCUGAUGAAGCCUUGAUGCUGUCUAUUUCUGCUUGCACGAAAGAAGAUAAUAGUAAUGACAGUAAAGAUAAACCCUUACAACUUGAUGAUGUUACAUCUGCUGCAGAUGGUUUAGCAGCAUCUGAGAAUAAGGAUGGUAAAUCUGAAAAAAUAACUAAUAUCAUAGAAAGUUUCUGCAAAAUAUGUAAUACUGAGCUGGCACCAGGAGAAAAUUGUGAACUUCACAAAAAAAGCCAGGAUCACGUGAAUAGUUUGAAAUUGGAAAAGGACCAAGAGAUGGUAACCGAGGAUGAUCUUGUUUUUGAGGGUGUUAUGUGUGGCAUAUGUAAUGUGAGUUUUGUAUCAAUGGCAGCAUAUAAUUCUCACCUUAAGGGCCAGAGCCACUUAAAAAAUAAGAGAAAAUCAGAGGAGAGUAAGUUGAAGGUAGAGGAGGUUCAGUCUACAAGAAAACAUCGGUCAUGUGAAUUGUGCCGAAUGGAUUUUUUUUCAGACCAUUCUUACGAAACACAUUUUUCUUCACAGCUACAUAUUGACAAAGAACAGUGGACAAAGGAAUGGCAAGAAAAAAAGAGCAAAUCUGUUCUACUAGUUGAACAGGAAAAAGGAACUGUUGAUCCAUCCACAGAAAUUAUAGAGAAUAAUGUAGCAAAGCCUGAUGAGUCAAGUACUGCUGAAAAUAUUAAACCUGUUGAGCUGUUUGAAUGCAUUAACAAAGUUGAAAAAGAAAAUAAUCAGUCUGGGGCUGAGCUCAACUCAGAUGGAUCUUUGCAGCCAACAGGUGAGAAGAUGGUUUCAAAAGAAGAACGGGAAAUGAAAAAUGAUAGAAAAGCAGUUUUUGAAUGCAAACUAUGUGGAAUUUCAGUGGUAAGUUCCAUGACUUAUGAACACCAUAUUAAGAGCAAACAACACAUGUUGAAUUUAUUCCAUCAAACAUCUGGUACAGCUGAGAGUUCUAGUAAAAAUGAACCAGUCAGAAAUCAUUCUAAACUCACAUUGGCUGCAGCUAAAACUACAGUUUCCUCAGAUGCUUUUCAUUGUGAAGAUAGUAAUAUUUCUAAUAAAAGCUUAAACCAGCAUAAAUCCCAUUUAGAAAGCAAUGAACGCAAUAGUGAUACUGUAGCAUCACUGCAAACUGAACAAAAGGCCACCUUUCCCACAUCAAAUGAAUCUAUUAUGGAAAAAAGUGAUCAAAAAAGUGUGCUUUCAUCACCAUUACCUGAUAAAGGAAAAACCAUUGAUUCAACAUCUAGUGGUGACUGUCUCUUUGAAAGCAGUGAUCAGAAAAGUGUACAUUCAUCACCGCUACUUGCCACAGGGAAACCCACUGAUUCAAGAUCAAAUGAUUCUAAUUUGAAAAGCAGUGAUUAUAAAAGUGUGCUUUCUUCAACACUGCCUGCUGAAAGAAAAUCCACUGAUUUAACAUCUAGUAGUGGCUCUCAUUUGGAAAGCGGUAAUAAGGAAAGUGUGUGUUCAUCAUCACUACUUGCCACAGGUAAACCCACUGAUUCAACCUCAAAUAGUGAUUCUAAUUUGAAAAACAGUAGUAAAAAGAGUGUGUUUUCAUCACCACUACUUGCCAAAGGGAAACCCACUGAUUCAACAUCAAAUAGUGAUUCUAAUUUGAAAAGCAGUGGUCAGAAAAGUAUGCAUUCAUCACCACUACUUGCCAAAGGCAAACCCACUGAUUCAACAUUUAGUAGUGAUUCUCAUUUGGAAAACAGUGAUCAGGAAAGUACCAUUGCAUCAUCACAACCAGCCAUAGGUGAUCCUUGUCAUCCAGAAUCAAGUGAUUCUCGUAUAGAAAACAAUAAUAAUCAUGAAAGUGUAGUUUCAACACCACAAUCUGCCAAAGAAAAAUCUUAUGAUCCGAGUGCUGUUGUGGAAUUACACUUAUCCAAAGAAAAAUACACUGAUCAAGCAUCAAAUGUUUAUGUGAGAAAAGGGAUCCUCAAGAACAAUGCCAAAAAAUCUGAUAAAAUAGAAAGUCUGGAUUCUGCAGCUGAAGUGUGUAAAAGCAGGAAAACAUCAGUGAAAUUGACCCAAGUAGAGGAAAAAUCUGAGCAUAAAAAUGAGAAACCUUCUCUGUUAGUUGUGGCUACACAGGAGGAAAAUGACCAAGAAGAGGACACAGAAAAUUUUGAAUGUAAGCCAUGUGGAGUUUCAAUUGUGGGUGUCAUGUCUUAUGAACAUCAUUUGGGGAGUAUACAGCACAUCUUGAAAUUAGCGCAACAGCCAACAUCGUCUAAAGAAGUUAAUAAACUACCCAAACAACAAAAUCCUAUUGUGGCUGCGAACAAUACAAAAGCAGUUGAAACAUUUUAUUGUGAAACGUGUGAGUAUAAAUCUAACACAUCCGCCCAGCAUCAAGCCCAUCUAAAAAGUAAUGACCAUAAUAGGACUUGUUUUGAAUUACAAAUGAGCAAAUUAAAAAGUAGAAAAAGAUUAGAAAAGUUAAAACAUAUAAAACUCACACAGCAGCCUACUAACAUGAAUAAAACUGAAGGUAUAGUGAAAGAAAUUAUCCAGAAGAAAGCUAAUAUACUUUCCAAGUUUCAAAAUUCAACUGCAUCACAAGUUUCUACUAACAAGACUAAAGCUGAGAGUUUAAUGAGAGAAAUUCUCCAGAAGAAAGCAAAACUAUUUCUUGAGUCUGAAAAUUCAACUGCAUCACAAGUUUCUAGCAUUGUUGUAAGAAAUGAAAUGGAUCAAACUUCUAAAAUAAGCAAACCAUGCCGUUCUAGAUUUUCAAGUUUUGAAUCUCAGCCAGAUGUGAAUUUGAGUUCUGGCUAUGUUACUAAUUUAAGUGCUACCCCAACUCUGAAUAUGAGCUCUACCCCUACUCUGAAUAUGAGUUCUACCCCUACUCUGAAUAUGAGCUCUACUCGUACUCUGAAUAUAAGUUCUACUCCUACUCUGAAUAUGAGUUCUACCCCUACUCUGAAUAUGAGUUCUACCCCUACUCUGAAUAUGAGUUCUACCCCUACUCUGAAUAUGAGCUCUACCCCUACUCUGAAUAUGAGUUCUACUCCUACUCUGAAUAUGAGCUCUACUCGUACUCUGAAUAUAAGUUCUACUCCUACUCUGAAUAUGAGCUCUACCCCUACUAUGAAUAUGAGUUCUACCCCUACUCUGAAUAUGAGCUCUACCCCUACUCUGAAUAUGAGUUCUACCCCAACUCUGAAUAUGUGUUCUACCCCAACUCUGAAUAUGAGCUCUACCCCUACUCUGAAUAUGAGUUAUACCCCAACUCUGAAUAUGAGCUCUACCUCUACUCUGAAUAUGAGUUCUACCCCUACUCUGAAUAUGAGUUCUACCCCUACUCUGAAUAUGAGCUCUACUCGUACUCUGAAUAUAAGUUCUACUCCUACUCUGAAUAUGAGCUCUACCCCUAAUCUGAAUAUGAGAACUACCCCUAAUCUUAAUAUGAGCUCUACCCCUGCUGUGAGUUUUCAUUCCAAUAAUUUGAGUUCUACAAUUGCUGAACGUUCUGCUGUUGCUGUGAGUACAAGUUUUGGCACAGCCGCAGAUUUGAAUUCACUUGAGAGGCAUACAAGUGUUACCAGACCUUGCAAAUUGGAAAUGAUCUCUUCCAACAGACCUAAUAAUAUUAGUACAUAUGUUAGCGAAGUAAGGACCAUGUUUGAUAAUCUUAAAAAUGUUGAAAGACGUGCCAUGGGUAAAACAUUUUCUGAAAAGCUACAUAAUUUGAAAAUUUCUGAUAUCAGAAGAAAUGUGUCUGAAAAUUCUGAUGGCACAAGAACUAGUAUUUCUGAGAAACCUCAAAAUACUUCAGACUCUGACAAGAGAACACUUGUUUCAACGACUUAUCCUGCUUUGGCAAGUCCACAUUUUAUAAAUCCAGUGACAGCUGAAAUAUCUCAUAGUAUGGGAAAAACUGUACCUGAAAAACUUCAGAAUACUUCUGAGAAAAAAUCAACUUCUGAUAUAUCAGAAGUUAUGAGAAAAGUACUUCAGAGGAUUCAGGCAACGAAAGUAUCUAUUCCAAAAACACAACAGGAUACUGAAGUUUCUGAUGCUAUAAAGAAAGCACUUGAAAGAUUGCAGACUACUACCGACAUUUCAUUUGCAAAGGAAAAAAAUUUUGAUAUGUCCAAAAAACCUCAAAUAACCCAGGUUAUUGAUAUUACUCACCAAGAAAGAUGCAACAAUAAUGAAAUAUCACCUGCUUCUGAAAAAGACAGAAAUACUGAGUCUUCACACACUUUCAAAACUAUUCUUUCUGAACGACAUCAUAGUACUGAUUUGGCACAUGUUUUUGAAAAGACAGUUCCUGAAAAUCAUAAAAGAACAGAAAUAUUUGAUUCAUUCGAUAAACUGUUUCCUGAAAGAUGUCGAAAUGCUGAAAGGUCAGAUACUUCUAAAAAACAUCAAAGUACUGAAAGAGUGCAUGAAUCUGAAAAGAUCAUCCCUGAAAGGCAUAUGGGUACAGAAGUGCCUAAUGCUCUAAAAGUGAGACUUACUGAAAUACAUCAAAAUAAUGAAAAGUCACAGGAGAAGAGGUUUUCUGGUGGAUUUCAAAGUAAUAAAGUUUUUAAUAAGAAAAUAUUUCUUAAAAAAUUUGAAAAUACUGAGUUAUAUGAUGAAAGGUUGGAAGGAAAGAGGUUCCGUGGAAAAUAUGACACAAUUGAAGGGUUGCAUGAAAAUAGGCUUUCCGAACAAAGUCGAACUACUGAACUAUCAAAUGAAAGAAGAAUUCCUGAAAGAUACCACAAAUCUGAAGUUUUGUAUGAAAAAAGGUAUUCUGAGAGAGAUCAAAAUAAUGAAAAAAGAAACUUAAAUUCAGGAAUGGUUCAUGAUGUAGGACAGGUCAUUCAUGAAGUUUCCUCAGAUACUGGCAUAUCUUCAGAUCCAAUGAAAAAGAUUAUAUUGAAAGCACUUGAGUCUACUGCAAUGUCUGAUCAGUUGAGAAGGUCACUUAUUGAAAAACUUAGUUCUACAGAAAUAUCUAAAUUAAUGGAAAGGACAAUGCCUGAAACAUCUCAGAGUGCUUAUAUCAAGGGAAGAAUUUCUCCUGUAGAGCAUCAUGAUUUUGAAACAUCGCAUUCUAUUAAGAAUGUAUGUGAAAGACCUCGAAACACUGAAUUGAGACGUGACACACUUCGUGUGAGGACUCAGACCAGUGAAGUGCCUUGCGAUACCAAAAGUAUGGCUGCUGAAAUACAGCAAAACUUUGGUAUGUCUCGUACAGAAAGAAUCAAAGAUUCAAUACAGCACUUUCAUAGACUAGAUGGUGCUGCAGGUAAAAGAUUUGCAUGUAAAGUGUGUCAGGUGAAUCAUUCUUCUUCACCUGAACUUAUUCAACAUACAGAUUCCCGAGAACAUUUAACCAAUGUGGAACUUUUGCGCAGAUUCAUCGCAAGAUUCAGACGCUUAGCAAAUUCCGAAGAUAACCAGUUAACAUGUUGCAAGUGUAGUUUUUCGUGCACUUUAGUACGUGAUUUCAAUCGUCACAUUCUAGAUACUCACUGGCUCAGAGUGCUUGUAAUGCGCAAACGUAAAUUUGGGGUAUCCAGCUCCUCUAGUAAGUCUUCUGUAAGUCAUGACUCGACAGAGGAUGAGGAGUCACGGUACCUGGUACCUGCAAAAUGUGCACGGAUGCAUUUUGAGUGUGUUUUAUGCAAGAAAAGUUACUCUCUUGAAGAAGAUUACAAAGAGCACCUUAAAAGUGAUAUGCAUAGAGAAAGAACACGUGUUGUUGCACACAAGAAUGCAGCCCUUAGGGUUCCACAGCUUGAUAAAAUUACACCAAAUGAAAAGCAUAGUCUUCGAGAGGAAGUCACUGCAUUUAGUGAAUCCCUUCCAAGAGGAAGUCAGAAGAAACUGAAUACAAAUUUGAAGCGUAAACCUGGGAAAGUUGUUCAUGUAUGGAGCCGUAAGUAGUAGACUGAGCUGCCUGCCCCUGUACACGAGUUUGAAAUAAAACUUCCUUCACACAAUCACAUUCAAACAAAUAUAUAAUGAAGCUAUCUUACAAAUCCUACCAACUCCUAAUUAAAUUAUGUUAUGUUUUCAUUGAAUGUAUCUAGUUCUAAUUACAUUAUUGAUAAGUUUGAAAUGAUGUGUUGUUAGAGCAACUUGUAUCCAACAAAAUAUUUUGUUAAUAAUCUUCACAUAUAAUAGUAAAUCAAUUUUCCUGACAAAACAUUAUUACAUCCGUCAGUCAAAUUUCGAGAGGCUUCAAGCAAUGAAUGCAUUGUUGUAGGGUUGUGCGAAUGUUGGGUAUACCGAUACCGAAAUCGAAAUUUUGCUACUUUCAUAUUCGAUUUCGGUAAGAAUUUCAUCUGUCGAAGUUCGUUUUUAGCGAAAUAUUUCGAGCCAAACGAAAGUUCAAUAGCUUACCGAAGUUCGUUUGUUCUAGUUGAAAAAGAAAUCGUAAUUUAAUAAAAAUGUACAGUAUAAUACCGGUACAAUAACGUUCCUUAUUAUAAAGUAUAUUUCACUUAACGAAUUUUUUUUAAGUCCCCGCUAAAAAUCGUAUCUUCGCCAUGCAAAACGGUUUCAGUUUAAAGUAUCAUUUUCACUAUAACGUAUAAAUUCUACUAGUAGCGUGGCAUUACUACACCAAAAUUUACUUAAACUGGUAAAUAAAUUUCCAGCUAAAUGAUUAAUGUAGUAGAACAAAGAUACACAAAUACCAACGCAACGUAUUUUCUAACCUCUAAAUUCUCAAAACAAAGUUAACAAACAGUUGCGCGCACAACCAUAGAUUAUACCGUACGUAGUAUGCGACGUGAGCAACACAAUACCAUUCGAUACAUCGAAAGACGGAGGUUUGAGAGAAGUAUUAAUUAUUUAGACAAAAGUGUUACGCUACGCUAAAAAUACUGUUUGAUGUCUGUGCCGGGAUUGUUUAUUGUUAUUGUUGAGUUUAUUUUCAGGUUACGUUAUUUAAACACCGCAUUGUAUUUGUGCUACAAUAUGAAUGAUCCUGGAGAUAAAAAGAAACGAAAGCAAUUCACGCUUAAGGAAAAAGUGGAUAUACUCAGAGAACUAGACACGGGGAAAAAAGCAAGUCGCAGUUGCGAAUACAUAUGGCAUUGCGGCUCUCCUGUAGCUAUUUUUUUAUAUUUUUUUUUCUCUUUGUAAAGAUAUGUAUGCAUGUUUCAGUGCUAAGUACAAAAACUUGAGGUACCUGUAAGUACUUAGCACUGAGAUUCUACUGUAAUGUCUUUAUAUGAUUUGCUUGUUAUUACUAAUAAUGUAAUAACAUAUGCAAAUCAUAUAAAGACAUUAAUUAGAAAAAAGAUUUCCAUUAAGAUUAAUUUACGUGGUGAUGAAAAAAACUCACGUUAAUGAAUAUACGGUAAAACCAUAAUUUGAACAAACAUGGCAGAUAAAGUAAACAAAAUUCAACCGUGAUUACAGUAGGCCUAGGUAUCAAAACAAAAUCAUGCAAUAUUUGAAAAAUUACCUGAUUCAUUUGCUUUCAAACAGUAGUGUAGGUACUAUAUUCGUAAAACAUACAUUCCAGAACUGUUAGUACACUAUUUAGUAUUUACCGUAUACACAUAAACAAAGAACGUACCUACUUUUAUUCGCGCACAGCCAAACAAAAACAUUGUCGUCUGCUUUAUUUAAAUUUUACAUACUCUGACUGGCAUAUAAAAUCCUCAUAAUAUACAGCCAAUUAGACAAAAAGGUCAACAAGUCACUGCAUGUAAUGACCACUUGGCAGCAACCAUUUGUUAUGUUUUGUUUUGACCAUGUCCAUUGCCUAGUUUACAGCUUCCUGAGCUAGCCAUGUGUGACAGUGGUGCAAGAUGGCGGCCGUUCCGCAGUAUUCACGUAUUUUUUCAUCAGUACCAUGCACGUGAUAAAUAUAUUAUCAUAGACUGCGACAUUACGACUGUAAAGGAAAUAGUCUGUGCGCUGAAAGAUCUGGAUUGAUUCUUGAAAUUUACGAGUGACAUGGGGCUAUGUUGUGUGGUCUAGGGCAGAUGUUGAUUUUAUUAAAUAGUAAUAUUUAUAUAUACAUCAAAAGGUACCAAAAUGAUUUAUGUAAUAGAAUUUAUUACUGAAGAGCAAAUUUUGGGGCACUUUUUUUCUUUGUUAAUUAAAAAAUUUCGCUUAACUUUCGUUAAGAAUAUAUUUAUCUCAUAGAAAAAUUCAUUUUCGUUUCACUUUCGCGAAACUUGAUAAAUUUUCUUUCACUUUCAUUUCGUGUGGAUAAAGUCACUUUCGCACAUCCCUACAUUGUUGCAUUUAUUAUUAAAUAAAGCACCAUUGUACUAUGUAUGUCCAAAUCAUACUAUCUUGGAAAAGUAUUCAAACUUGGACUAAAAACCAAAAUGAUAAUAUUGCAGAUAUCAUUUGUCAAUUUUCCAUGAGCCAUCAGUCAUCAUCCACAGCAGUUUAUGUCCAAUGGCCAGGUCAGCCCAUUAAACUGCUACCAUUAUCUUCUUAUUUCGUGUCCUUCCAGCAUUACUUCUCUAUCACUCCUUCCCAGUCUGCACCCCUGUCCCCUACUUAUGAUUGCUUUUUACAUAUCUUCCUUGGUUCGCGUCACAGGAGAUUGAUCAUUGCCCUCUUGCAUUUAUCAGUGUUUGCUUAUAUUUCUAUUUAAUAUGUUUCCCUCAAAAUGUUGGCAUGUCAGGUCAUAAAAAAUUGCUUUCCAGUCUUUCGUGCUUUGUUACAGCCUGAUGUUAAUCAACUUAAUUUAGUUUUAACAACCAGAAGAUGAAUAAUUGAUUACUUGACAAAUAAAUGCCGUAAGUCUCCUUAGAACGUGAAAUGUGUUUAAAGCUGGCUCCAAAAUGUGUUUGAAGCUUGAUCCUGUGUUCUGCCAAGAAAUAAAGAGUAAUACAAAAUAAUCAGUCGUGUUGAGACAAAACAAAAACACAGGGGUAGUUUUCUUAAGUAGUUUUCUUUUAUAUUAUUGCAUUUUUGCUCGUUAUUUAAAUAUAAUUCUGAAAUAAUUUUAUAACUGUGGCAAAUAUGAAUGAUAUUUAUUAUUUCACUAAGUUAUUGUUUAUAUAAUAGUUUUAGGUAGGUACUUUAAAGGCCUAUGUGGGUGACUCAAAGAGUCUGACCAAACAGUUUUUUUUUUACGUCGUAACCUUGGUAACAGGAUGGUUAAAAAAUAUAAAAUGGCCAAGCGAAUAAAUGCACCAGAGUGAUGCCAUUGUUUUUUUCUAUAGUUCAGAAUACAGCAAUGUAAUAAUUAACAUAAAUUUAAACAUGGAUAACCCAAUAACUGGAUAAUCCGGGCCCGGAUUAUUGAGAGUUUACUUUGUGUGUGUAUGUCUAUAUAGAUACACACACACUCUCUCUUUCUCUCUCUUUCACUCACUUACUCACUCACUCUUAUGUCAUCCUCACACAGUGCAACAUUGGUUUGCAAUUGGCAAAUAUAACUAUCAAGUUUUACUGGUGCUAACAGUACUCUGCAAAUGCUCAUUUUUGUUGAAAUCAAGAAGUAUAAAAUGGUAAUUUGACACAGACAUAUUUAAAUGCAUGAAUUUGCAUUAGUAUUUGGAGAAGUCUGGAAUGUGUAUAAUCCUUUUUCCCUAGUCAAGAAGUCAAAUAUAAAUAAAACCUAUUGAAAGAAGCAAAGCAAUUUCGUUAAUUUUUUAAUAUCCAAAACACAAAUUGAAAUAAGUAAAUCUGUAUAUCCUAACCAAGUAAAUUCAAUGUUAGUUUGUAUUCAUAAAUUCACGUAAUUCCACUGAUGUAAACAUAUGAAAAUACUUCUGUCACUGAGUUAAACAUCAAAAAACUUCUGUGAGUGCCUUUUAAAAAUGAACUAAUGAAGCUCCGUCUUUUUUUUUUUUUUUUUUUUUAUUAUUAUAUAAAGCCUGUAUUUUGCCCUAAGCUACGCUUAAGUUACCUGUGAAAACCCCAUGAAAAUUUGUCUGGUAGUUUUGGAUAUUAGCAUGUUCAGACAGACAAACGGUCAAAGUUUUUAAAAAUAGACUUAUUGUAUUCUGUUCUACACCCUACAUUACCUGCACUCAUUUUUUGUCAAAUAUUUUCAGUGUACAGACACGAUGGUUCUCCAGUUUUAUUGUAGUAUACAAUAGAUACAGAUCCCUGUGUGUGUUUAGCCAAUGUUUAUUUUAUGCCAUCUCACAAGUCAGCAUCAGCAGUAGUUCGAGCAAGAAAGACCAGAAACUUUCAGGUUUAGUUUAGCUUCCCAGUCAUUUGGUUAGUGAUUCAUAUGGAGUCACGCUUUUAGUAAACAAUAUUGUCAGGAAUUAAGUUUACUAGUCAAAUAAAUAAUCUUGCUUGUCAUAAUUAUUUUGUAGUUCAGAAAUAUUGUUAUGCCCAAGGCCUUAUAUGUAAACAUUGCUGCCCAGUGUUAUUUUUACAUUAGAAUUUUACUGUCCAAAUGUUUCAUGCUUGUUGAAAACUAUAAAUCUAUAUGUGCUGGUAAAAAUAAAAGAGCUUCAGUUCUGUGGUUUAGACAAGCUUUUUAUUUUGCCAUUAGACAAAUAUUCUUUCAUUUAAUUUUUUAAGUUCUUAUAGUACCUAAUUUAAAAUAUUUUAAAUUAAUUACUAUAAAAAGUGGGUAGUUAAAUCUUACCUCGCCAAAGAUAAAAAUAGUUGUUAUAAAUUAAAAUGUUAACCAAGUGUUAAGUAUUAAUCAUUUGAAUGUCAAAAAUUUCAACUAUAUGUGCAUUGAUUUGUUGUUUUCUGCCUUGUCCAGUGCUGUUAUACAUCUCGAAAUCUUAAUUUCCACUGCCUCUAUUUCCUGCACCAAGUGUAAUACCGUGAGAACAUAAUAAACUCUCUGCAAUAUC